AUGCCAAUCGUGGCCGGCGUAUCGCAGCGCCUGGCUCUCGGUGUCAGCGCAGCAGUGGGCAUCUACGCUAUCGUCCUUGGAGCUCUCCUAACGCCACAGAUCCAACGCUUCGCCUUGUACGCGAACAAGAUAAACACUCUCUGGCUUGGCGAUGACCUAAACGAACCAGAGGCCUUUGGAUUCGCCCAUCAUCAGGUCACACCGUUCAAUCUGAGGACUCCCGAUGGCGAAACCUUGUAUGCUUGGCAUGUUCUACCUAUUGACACCUAUACUCGCCACGAAAAAGCACUGAAAGCUGAGGACCGACCACAUGCGCCUGUUGACGAUUUCACCACGACUAGUGCGUUUAGAUUGCUCACUGAAGAUCCCGCGGCGAAGGUGGUGGUGACAUUCCACGGCAAUGCUGGCCACCUUGCUCAAGCAUUACGGAUGCAGACAUAUCGUCAACUAUCUCUCCAGCCUAACACUCAUGUCCUGACGAUCGACUAUCGAGGCUUUGGCUACUCUACUGGCUCGCCUACAGAAGCUGGUCUGGUUACGGAUGGCACGACUUUGGUCAAUUAUGUACUGAACGUCAUCGGCAUACCUGCAGAGCGUGUCUUGAUCCUCGGCCAGAGUCUUGGAACGGCUGUCAGUAGCGCAGUAGCACUCAAUUUCGCCGAUCCCAGCAGUGAGCUCACACCCGCUUCUUCACGGGAACUGCAACGCGUCAAGCCAACGACUUUCGCCGGGGUGAUCCUAGUGGCACCGUUCUCGAGCUUGCCAAGCUUAAUGCUCACAUAUCGCAUCGGCGGACUCCUACCAAUCUUGCUCCCACUGAGACCAUUCCCGUACCUGGCAGGUCUGCUCACGAGCACAAUGGUGGAUAAGUGGCUUUCUGCUGAGCGGUUGGAGGCAUACUACAAUACUCUACACAACAGCCCCCUUCUCAAGUCGCAGGAGGGUAGACAAAUGGGCGCAUUGCAGCUCGUACAUUCGAUCCGGGACAUGGAUAUUCCAUAUCAUCAAACUGAGAUGAUCUGCCGGCGUAUCUUCGGUGAGGGUGCCGAGCCGGGUGUGUAUGAGGAUAAAGAUGAAGCUGGACCGGUGAAGUGUAUCGAUGGGAGUCAGGGGCCGGCUGUGCUGGAUGUCAAGGCGAAGGGUAGGCCGAGGACGAGCUUUGAGAUUGUGCAGUAUGGCGGUCAUAAUCAGAUCAUUACUUACAGUCAGGUCGCGGCGGCCAUAAAUCGAGUGUUUGAGGAUCGGUUCGAUUAG